AUGUUGAGGGUAUUCCGACCACUGAGGCAGGCAACGAAGCUGACAACUGGGAUAGUUGGUUUGGAGGUUCACCCCAAUCCGGUACCUACCCUGGCACAAACGUACCGCUCCACGCUCGCCUUGGUCAGAAGGGGCAUACCUGAAACCGCUGUUUAUCGUCAGAGUGUGGAGGCCUCUACGGAGCACAAACUUUCGAUAGUGGAGGCUGCUAAGGGUGACGUUUCUCGUGUUGAGAAGGAGAUUGGACAAGGACAGAUCGAGGAACUCAUUGUCGCCGCCGAGAAGGAGCUUUCCCUGGCUGAGAAAAUGAUAGAAUGGAAGCCAUGGGAGCCUCUCGAAGAGAAACCUGUACCCGGUCAAUGGGAAUACUUCAAUUAA